AUGUCUCAAUCCACUGUCUACCUCGUCACCGGCGCCAAUCGUGGUAUUGGUUUCGCCAUUGUCAGUCUGCUAGCCGCGCGCCCUGACGCGGUCAUCUUUGCUGGCGCUCGGAACCCCGCUGGCGCGACUGGCCUACAAGAGCUAGCAAAAGCGCACCCCGGCCGCUUCCAUGUCAUCAAGGUGGUAUCCGCAGACAAAGAGAAUAACGUUGAGGCUGCGAAGGAGAUCAAGCGUGUGGCAGGGGGCCUCGACGUCGUCAUCGCGAACGCGGCCAUAUCCGACACUCUCGCGUCCGCACUCGAGACGCCUGCGGAGGAGAUGAUCAGGCAUUUCGACAUUAACGUUAAUGGUCCCCUCGUCCUCUUCCAGACCACUUACCCGCUCUUGAAAGAGAGCAAGCAGCCCAAGUUUGUGACCAUCUCCACUGGGCUGGGUAGCAUCGAGCGCGGGGCGAUGACUUCGGCGCGAGUGUACCCGUACGGCGCGUCCAAGGCGGCACUCAACUGGGUGACGCGCAAGCUGCACCACGACUUCCCUGACUUGAUCGCGUUCCCUAUCAGUCCAGGCGUUGUCGAUACGCAUGGAGUACUGGCCAGCGGAGCGGUCCCAGAUUUCGACGAAAUCGUGAAGGAAUUUCCUCCUAUCACACCGGAAGAGAGUGCGCAAGGGGUCGUCGGGCAGAUUGAUAUCGCGACGAGGGAAACGCAUGGCGGGCAGUUCGUUGAUUAUACGGGCUUGGGGAAGUGGGGGUGGUAAAGUAGCGUCGAUAGCAUGGUUAAAGAGAAGCCAGAACAUCCAUUGUAUGAAGUAAAGCGAGAAAAUCU